AUGCAGUCCCAGUGCCAGAACAACAAAGAUAGAAGUGUGAAGUAUAGUCCUAAAACCUUAUCGAUCCAUGAUGUGGACAAAGUGGAGAAGAAAAUUGUGAAGUUCGUCCAGGAACAGUCAUUUGCUGAUGAGAAAAGUGAAACAGUCAUCAAAGGUAGACUAGCCAGACUUAAGCCAUUCGAAGAUGAAGGAAUCAUACGUGUCGGCGGAAGAUUGAAUCACUCGAGUUUGCCAUAUGAUGCCAAGCACCCGAUGAUACUGCCAGCAAAGCACCCCAUGUCUGAGUUGAUAAUUCGCCACUAUCAUCACUUGAAUGGACACGUAGGAACCUAUCAAGUUCUGGCCGAAAUUAGGCAGCGCUAUUGGAUCGCGAAUGCAGUUUCCAUGAUAAAGCAAGUUCUUGGCAAGUGCCAUGUGUGCAAACGUCAGAACGCUAAGUUAGGAGAACAAGUGACAGCACCACUUCCAGUUGUUAGAGUGUCUUCGGAUAGUCACAGGCUCGUAUAUCCAUUUGCUGCAGUUGGGUUGGAUUACUUCGGGCCCCUCUACGUGAAGAUAGGACCUAACACAAGAUCAAGGAGAGACCCUUCUCUGAACAAACGUUACGGCUGCAUCUUCACUUGCAUAAGAUAUCGAGCAGUUCACAUAGAGUUAGUUAACAACCUCUCCACUGACAGUUUUAUCAAUGCCGUUUUGCGCUUCGUUGGUAGAAGAGGCCCCCCAGGUAUUAUCUACAGUAACAACGGUACUAAUUUUAGAGGAGCUGAACUGGACGUCGUCAACGCUUUAAAAGUGUGGAAUCAGGAGAAGAUUCAGUUGAAGUUGACCAGGAGAGGAAUUGAGUGGAAAUUUAACCCACCCGUGGCCAGUCACCAAGGCGGCGUAUGGGAGAGACUUAUAAGGUCUAUCAGAAGGAUCCUUCAUUCUAUGGUGGGAGAACGCCUCAUAGACGAAGAAACCCUGAGAACAUUCCUCAUUGAAGUAGAGAAGAUUUUGAAUGACAGGCCAAUCACGCUGGUCUCUGAUAAUCCAAAGGAUUUGGAAGCACUGACACCGAACCAUAUCCUUCUGUUGCGCCGAAACCCGUCUUCAUCCCCAGAUUUAUUCGAUGAGUCAGAUCGAUUCAAAGCCAGAUGGAAGCACGUUCACCUUCUCGCAAAUGAAUUUUGGCAGAGGUGGACAAGGGAAUAUCUGCCGAUGCUCCAAGAACGCCAGAAGUGGUUACAACCUAAGCCAAACUUUAAAGUGGGAGAUUUAGUGUUGCUUGCAGACAAGAAUUUGUCAUGCAUGUAUAAGAGUUAG